CCCGCUCGAGCUCGACGUCGCUCUCGCGAUCUGUGACGUUCCGAUGACGAUGCGCGCUGCGUACCGAUCUGCGCAUUCUGUCGAUCGGCAGAGUGCCUGAUAGAUAGCGACAUAACGACGAUAGAUCGUCAUCGGGAGGUGACUGCGUAUUUAUUCCGUCGUAUAAUCGCGUUGUUGUCACUUCCGAUAAUCAGUGAAAUAACGAUUUCGCUUUUUCAAUUGUAUUUUAAGCGUCUCUAAAACCAAAUGUGGUAUUUCCGAUACCGCAAAUUACAUAAAUGAUAGAGAAAUACUAAAAAGAGAACACACAAUAAAAUCUAUGAUUUAAAUAAAACACUUGGAUAAAAUUAACGAUCAAGCGUAUCCAUCACGUAUCUUCAGUUAGAAAUCGUUCGUAGUUUUUUAUCGCGCGAAGUUUAUUUCUUCUCCAAAAGUUACCGAGUGUGAUCCUCUCGACGUGGAUGACCGAGGUGAACGUUGAGGGAACGUUUACUGGCUGCCACUUGAGCGCAGAAAACGCCCGAUUUUUCACUCAAGUGUCAUCUCGUCGCGGAGGCGGAGCAGCACGUAUCGCGCCAGUGAGAUCGCCGGAAGUUCAAUCCUGAAGAUCCCAAGUCGAGGAAAAAAUUAUCGCGACACUAGUCUCGAGAUUGAAUUCGACGGCGCGAGAGGCAAAGCCAGAAGACGGGGAAAAAGAAGAAGAGAAGAAGAAGCAGCGGCCAAGUGGCGGUGGCGACGGGGAAGGAGGUAGAAAAGCGGUAGGCAGAGCUGUUCGUUCGGGGGUGAGACUGCUGCCACGAAGGAUUUCAAGUCGUGCCCCCGAGAUACGAGCCGCUUGUAUAGAUCUAUAUGCACAGCAAAAUUGUGGCGACGGAGGUGACCCGAGCUAACGAAUAUCUGGGUCAUAGAGCCGUCCUUUCGCCGCAGUCUGCUCUCCAUAAUUCCGCGGGAUUUUCUUGAUGCAGCAAAAAAAGUCGAGAUCCAUCUUCGAGGAACUUCGCGCUCUUAAGACGAAGGACUCGCCAAUCUGGGACGGUAGAAAUAAUCGCAAGGUCGUUUCUUCAUUAUCUUUCAUCGAGCAAUUUCUCACCGUGUACUUGCGCGACGAUUUUUUUUUUUUUGUGAACAGUAUAAUUUAUGUGUUUUAUAUAAUAAUACACAUACGUAACACAAUAAGAUCAGUAAUCGCAACAAUCGGAAUACAAGGCGCAACGUAAAAUCCAAAAUACACUAGGUAUACGACGUUCCCGUAUUUUACAUUGCGGGGAAAUUUGUCAGAGUAGACAGAUAUAUUGAGUAUGCGAAAUAUAUACACGAUUCGUCGCGAAGCAAGCCGCAACCUGCAAAGCGGUCGCGUUAAUGUCACUUAUAAACGACAAGUGAGACUCGCAAGUAUAUCGCCGGUUUGAUCCUCCGGGACGAAUACGUAACGAUCCCCGCGGAUCAGUGAUUUGCGGACGAAGAGACAGGUCGAUCCGACACCGACCGGUAACGAGCUGUUACGUCGUUACGCGGUUACGUAAAAACUACCACCUCCCCCCGAGUGAAUUCCCACGGGGACAAUUCACAGAGGAGAGUCCACGCGAGAACCAUUACUCGCCUCUUGAGAAGCGGGUGGCGUGUGCGCGCGCGGAAACGCGCCGUUUCUUCUCUUCGUCGAGAGUGAGAGAGAGAGAGAGAGAGAGCACCGAAUCCAAGGUCGGUUGGCGCCAGGUAAAUAAUGAGUUCCCGCAGUCAUUUAUCAAGCUCAUCGCAAAACGGACAAACGUUCGGGGUAUCAUCGUCGACCUGAAUGGAAGAAUCCAACGCGAGGUACCAACCGCGACACAUCGCGUUGUCGUUUAGCCGCGCGCGCGGAUACCGCGUUUCUCUUCACUCGACCGGUGCUUCCUCGAAAAAUAGCUUCGCGACUUGCCUAUAUAACUCGCGGGACUAUUCACUAACUUUUCCACCGUACUCUUAUGAAAUAUACUGCGCGCCGUGAAAUAUUGCGAUUCAAAGUGGAGCUUAGCAGCGACCCGUAAACUGCUGAAAGGCAACGCAGUGCGCUUGAUCGUGAACUCUUUUUCCCCCGAGCGCUCGCUUAUAGAAAUGCGACAGUCAGCUGAUUUCGAUCGCCAGCGGUGCAGUUACAUCGCGCGAAACGAUCAAUCGCGCAAAAGGUAACGGGUGCUCCAGAGAAGUGACUUCGCGACUUCAUGAUAGUGAUUGAGUUUCGGGCUCGCGAACGAACGAACGUGAGAGCUUAUAUUCCGCGCGUACCGAGCGGUGCCGGGCAACAUGAAGCGUCAACGCGUUUACAACAACGGCUCCACCUAUUGCUAUCACUCGGUUAAGAAGAACGUGCGCAACGGAUACAAUGAGGUCGAGACGAACGAUCCACCCGGAUGGUGCAUCUACGCGUUGGUCGCGGUCGUCGCGAUCGGCUGUUACUUUAACGCGCUCGAUUGCGACUUCGUGCACGACGACAUACCGGCGGUGGUGCGGAACAGAGACGUGAUCGGCGAGGCGUCGUGGAGUAGCGUGCUCAACGACGAUUUCUGGGGCACGCCGAUGGAGAGCAUCAACAGUCACAAGAGUUAUCGACCUUUCACCACUUUGACGUUUCGGUUGAACUACUUGAUGGCCGGUUUGAAUCCCAUGUGGUAUCACGCCACGAACGUCGGCUUGCACGCUGCUGCGUGCGUCUUGGUGACCAGAGUGAGCCUCGUGGUGGCGGCACUUCGGCCAGGAUUCGCAGCCCUCGCUGGGCUACUGUUUGCCGUGCAUCCUGUGCACACAGAAGCGGUGACUGGCAUCGUGGGCAGAGCAGAUGUUCUAGCGUGCAUCUUCUUUUUGCUGUCAUUUCUUGCCUAUCACGGCCAACAAACGGCUUACGUGUGGUUCAGCGUUUGUCUCGGCGCUCUGUCGAUGUUGGCGAAGGAAACCGGCGUUACUGUUCUAGCACUAAACCUUCUUUACGAUCUCUGUCGUUCCUGGCAUUCAAUCAAGAGAUCUAUUUUCGAAGCAAAGUGGAACGACGAUUCCAGAUAUUUCUCGAGACGUGCUGCAGCGUUACUUGUUUCGUUUGGCAUACUUCUUGUGGUGCGGCUCGCUUUGCUCCACGGUACUUUGCCGAACUUCUCCGCGCAGGAUAAUCCAGCUGCUUUUCAUCCCUGUUUCCACGUCAGAUUACUGACUUUUUGCUACCUUGCGGCGCUGAACUGCUGGCUGCUUCUGUGUCCGGCUAUACUCUCGCAUGACUGGCAAAUGGGAUCCGUUCCUCUGGUUACGUCUUUCACGGACACCAGAAAUCUGGCUACUUUUAUAUUCUUCGGCGGGUGUCUGGUGCUCACGUACAAAGCCUUCACGGAUUUCGAGCAACAGAGACAUCCACCUCUUGUUCUCGGUUGGAUGUUCCUGGUACUGCCGUUUCUUCCUGCGUCCAAUCUCUUCGUCACUGUGGGUUUUGUUGUGGCUGAACGAGUUUUGUACACGCCGAGCGUUGGAUGGAUCAUUUUAGUCGUUUACGGCAUGCAGAUGAGCUGGACCGCCGUGCCACGACGGAAAAGCUGGAUCGCCGCGGGCGUAGCUCUUCUUCUCGUUUUGGGAUGUUACAGAACGGUUGUUCGAAACAACGAUUGGACAUCUCGAGAAACUUUAAUCAAAGCCGGGUUGCGGUCCCUGCCCUACAAUGCCAAGAUGCAUUACAACUUCGCCAACUUCCUCAAAGACACGUCGCAACCGAAUCUUGCGGUCCACCAUUAUCAGCUGGCCCUAUGGCUUUGGCCGGGGUACGCCAGUGCGCACAACAAUCUUGGAACUCUCACGAUAGACGAUCAAGCGGAGUAUCACUUUUUAGCGGCUAUCAACGCUCAACCUGGACACGUGAAUGCUCAUUAUAAUCUCGGACGAUUGUACAGGAGAACAAACCGAACCGAGCAGUGCAUCGAAAUGUUGCGGAGAUGCGUGUUGCUGGAUCCGGCGUACGCGCCUGCAUUUCGAGUUCUGGCGAGGAUCGCCACUGGUCCCGCAACAGGCGAGCUCCUGAGGCAUGUGAUACACCUACAACCGCGAAAUCCGGACGCUCUUGCCGAGUACGCGUACUGGUUGUACAAGAACGGCAAAUGGCUACCCUCGCUCCGGUAUUACUUCAACGCUAUGGAAAUUUUCCCGUCGCACAAACCGUCGCUUAUCGGCGCGCUCAGGAUCCUGAGGUUGCGAGGACAAUCGUCCAGGGUGCAUCAGUUUAUCAUCAGAUGGCAUUUAAUGUUACGAGCGAAACGCGGAGGCUUUAUCUAUCGCGGGGAUUUGUACAUUCGUGCGUGGGAGCUGCAAAGCGAGUCUCGUCAAAAGGCUCAUCAACAUCAGCGAAAUCUUUGUCUAUCGGAAAACGGAUGUUCGAGACCGCGCGUGGCCAGCGUGUCGGUGCAGCUCGAACAAGACAGCAACAAGUCGGAACAGCUGCAACGGGCGCCGCGUUGCAACGUGCGCACUUGCAGGCAGCCGAGAAAAGGAAAGGCGCGCGUGACCGCGCCGACCCUGCUCGUGCAAAAUUUUCUGGAGACGCUUUAGUCCGCGCGAUUCGGGGAACGGGUUUAUCUGCUCGUUCGCCAGCUGAAAACGGGCGACAGAAGAUGAAGUGAAGUGGGAGGAUGCUUCGACCACCUGCUCUCGUCCGACGACCGUCAGCGACGAAGAAGAGAGUCCUAUUAUAGUGGAAUGCCUGAAAUAUUUUUCGUAUGCCGUGUGUGUUGUCGAAGAUCGCAAGCUCGACCCUGUCGCGGAAUAUUCCCGAUAUCGAAUUGGAGGAAGGUACGCAUGUAUUAUUGAUGUCGUUUAUACAAUAUGUGUGUGUCUUCGCGCUCUUUGUGACAUCUUGAUUAAUAUUAUCCUGUCGAUCGGACGGCGAUAUAUCGUGCGUAAUGAUCUCUCAAAAACUAACGCCGUGAGGAAAUAGACGAUCGUUCCGCAAAUAAUUCGAGUGGAAUUCAAGCACGCCAAUAAAUCAUAUAUACGACAGGACGGAUGACAAUGCGCGCGAUGAUGAGAAUCGAAUGCUAGAAUUAAAUUCCUUGAAAAUUAUUUUGCCACUUUUAAAUUCGUCAUAAGGAUACCCAACGAGAGAGGACCAAGGGAGAGAUUCGAGCGGUUAACCACGCGACGAAUGGCUGCGCGAAAUUUGUCGCGGGCGCGCGCGCGUCGCGUCGCGUGUAGAUUUGAACUCAUAAUUAAAAUAUGACAUAAAGCGAUGUGCGUACAGUCAAGCGUGUGUCUAUUUACACUUUCGAAACGUGAUAAUUGUAAUUGGUAAUAGAGUUACAUGUAUAGUACGACGUGUUAUAUAAAUAUUCGCUGUCUCUCGUGUGUGCUUUCAACGUUUUUAUGGUGUUUGUUUCGAUGAAGCGAUAAAAAAAUGUCAUUGUAACGUAAUACAAAAAAGAAUACACACACAACAGUCUCUUUUCACCAAACAAAUAUCAAAAUAAAAAUCGAGAGCACAACAUUCGUGAAAAAUAUUUUGACAAAGAAAACUCUCGGUGGACAAUUUAAAGUAGAACUAUAGCCGUUAGAAAAAAAAUAUUUAAAGUAAUAAUAUUGAGUGUGAAUAUUGUUAUAUUAAAAAAUACUAAGAUCUCCUCAUUAAGAGAAACAAACAUUGCUUAAGAACAUUCAUAAUCUUCAUUAUUAAACAUACGCAUAUUCAUUGAGAUAUACAUUAAGGGAAACUGGCAAUCAUUAGACUCGCUUACUUUUACAUAAUAAUUGAUUGAGAAAUUGAAAUGUCAAAAUGUAGGUCGGAGGUACAAGCAGUCUCUUUUUUUUUCUUUUUUUUUUUCUAUCGCUUACGCUGACGAUAAAAGCCGUUAUACGCGCGAAAAAGACAAAAUUGUGCGAUGCCGAACUUAAUUUUUCUCAUGACGAUGAUAGUAGCACAAUGUAAACUGUGUACAUAAAGACUCUUUCUCGGAUCGUUCUUUGUGUGCCUCUCUCGUGGACACGCAAUUUUACGCACGUAAAUACACGGUGCCAAUACUAGGAUAAUGAAUGUAAUACCGCUAAUGUGCGGCGUUUGGUAUGGCUUUUGUAUGAAAACAAAAAAACAAACUUCUGUAAACAAUUUCAGAGUAAUACAUUCUUCGAUGAGCUUGGUAUGGCGAUGUUCUAUUGCAAGUGUAUCGUAAAGAAGACCGCGAAUAUUUCUUCUCAAUAUUUUACAAAUCUAAUAUAAAAGCAAGUAAAUUACAUUAUGCAUUUCCGGUUUUAUACAAUUAAUGUAUUAAAAACAAAUACAACACAGAAUUAAUUUAUUUCAUUGCAAAUAUUUCUGUUGUGCAAUGACACGUUAAUAUUAAAAUUAUAAAAGCGCGUAUUAAUGAUAAAAUUAAUGAUAAAUUAAAAUAAACAUGAAGUAUUUAAUAUAUAAUUUCUGACGAUAAGAUAUAUUAUUAAACUGAACACAUGGAUAAUUAUUAAAUGAAUCAAUAUGCAACUACCUUUUGAUUAUCACAAGGUAAACGAAUUUGAUUGCGCGUCGCUUUACGAAUACUUGCAACACUAAUUUGCCAAAACUUAAUAGAAGACCAAUGUACAUACUGUAUACAAAAGAAAAGAAAUGUUACAUCGAAAGUUUCGACGGAUGCUUAAUAAACUUCUCUAAUAUAAAUUAUUGUCACGUAAUAAUCGUUAUAACAAACUCAAGUAUAUAAAUAUUGGCCAUCCGUUUGCAACAGCCUGUGGCACUUUGCAAAACAUUGCGAAUGGUGAGAAAAGUGCAACGAGAGAGAAACAUGCACGAGAUCUGAACUAUAAUGGUAUAUAUGGAAAUGGCAAUGCAUAUGUAUGAAGUUACAUUUUCGGUUUACUACAUAUAUCCCUUUUUCUUUAUUUUCCGAUGUCCGCGUAGUUCAAAUAUUUUUAUUCCAAUUGUUUUCACCGCGAUAAUCGUUGAAUAAAAUAGUCGCAAGUUCCAUUUUCCUGUAAUUACAUUAGUUACAUCGACCAUGCAUAAUAUGGUUUUAUAAUCACACGACUUAUACAAGCUAUAUAUAUACAUAUAUAUAUAUAUAUACAUAUAUAAGUUCCGUUUUAUUGUACAUUUAAUACAAUUAAAUCGAAAUUAUUUAAUUAAUAAAGUUUGCACAAGAAAAUUAUUUGUUCCAUCGGCCAGCGUCAAUCAGAGUUGCAUAAAAUUCGCGCAAUAUCAUUGUCAGCCAAGAGAUGAGGGAGCUCUUCCUCAACAAAUACUGUACGGAUGAAACUAAUAAAAUAGGAAGUCAUAGGAGAGUUGCUCAUUAGCUAAGAUAAGAGACAAAAUACUUGGAAGAUUACUAUUGGAGGAAGUUAAUAAUAUGUUUAAUACUGAUAUAUCGAGGGUGAAGCGGAGUAUUCUAUUUUUCGUACAUUUAAGCCUUAGACGUUUUCCCAGUUUUAACGGAAACUAAAGCAUUUAGCGCCACUCACAUUUUAUUAUGAAAUUCAUUGAGAUGUAGCAUAUAUAUAUAUAUAUAGCCGCUAUAUAUAAAACUUAUAUUAUCCGUGACAGAUAAACGUCUAUUCUGCUAUAUUAGUGAGGACAAUUUUGUGAUAUUACGUAAAUGAUCGAACGCGAAAAUGAAAAAUGGUCUCUCGAAAUUACGUGUUUUAUUAUCUCGAAAUUUGAUUUCGUAGCUGCAGGAAUUGAGAGCCCCCGUACUUCUUACGUAUAAAUGAUGAUCUUCACACAUAGCAAAUAGAGAGAAGAUUAAAUUACAAAAUAUAUGUCUUAUUUUUUAUCGCGUACGGUAGCCUUUCUUUUUUUUUUCUUAUCAGGACGUUUGGCCGAUCCGACCUCUGAUUAAUACCGUUAUUUAUACGAACGGAACCACCGGGUAAAAGCAUUUUAAUGAGAGCUUAGCGUUCGACAUCGAUCCGUUCAAUAGCAAAAACGAAGGCAAAAAGCGAUUAAAACAGAUACAAAAUUGGAAAAUUUGCGGUAUUGUUACGGAAGUUCGGUGCCGGGAAUUGUACGUGGGCCGUGUAUAAUUAGCCGCAAUUUGAUUAGUCUAGGUUACUGCUCGCGCGAUAGACCAGUUUGUAUAUCUAAUUACAAUACGUUAUUACUCAUACUCAUU